AUGUACUCCGUAGAAAGUAAGUUCGAAAGGGAUUCGAGAAGAGACGCCCAAAGGACAGCCAAUCUGGACUUUGACGCUCGCGUCCCCAUCCCCUUCAGUGUCUUCCCGUCGUCGUACCGGAGUGACGCUGUUCCUGAGACUACUCUGACUAGAGUAGAGGGAGAAGUCAAUCUCGAUCGUACUUCGCACGUCGAACGGGAAGAUACUCGAACCUCUGCUCCUCUUCCCGACCCUCGUGUCUACGGAAGAGAAGAAGUCGAUAUCCAUAUCAGCAAGGACCGUCUCCACGCACCUUCUCGCAAGGGUGACGAUUUCCAGGUCAUCUACGAAGACCGUGCCCACAAGGAUUCUCGCGUUCCUGAGGUAGAACUUUCGCGUGAAAGGUGGAAACGCAGCGAAAACAACGCAAAACAAAACAAAAACAAAAACAAUACAAGCACCAGAAGAAGCGGUGACGUGCUGAAGGCUGUAUCAGCCAAGAAAGUGGCACCACAAGCCCAGACUAGAGCGGAUGAGAAAGCGAGCUAUCAAUUGACGCAAAAAGCUCGAUACCGUGAAUCCACUUCUCGCUACGAACCUUUACCUCCCAAGCCCGUCUACGACCAGGCCCUUGAGUCCCAGCUUGACAUCACUGAGCGAGAGUAUCGUCGCCGUACCGACCCUACUUACGACGUCAACCUUUCGUACGGUCGUCACCAAGCUCCAGUAGACUCUUACCAAGCCUACCAGCCCCAACAGACUUCCGACGUCUCUCUCCAUCGGUCUAAGACCGAGAUCGACGUCUCUUACGACAAGGCCUACACCCCUAAGCCUCUCGAAACACGUAAGGGAGACUCCUUCAGCCGCAGCGAGCUUACAGUAGAGUCUGUCCCUUCUCGUCCUUCCUCCGCCUCUUCAAUCUCUCAAGUCAAGGUCCUCAAGCCUUACACCGCUAUCGACCAACCCCCUGCUCGCAAGAUGGGUUACUACGACGACGACGGUAACUACCACUCCUUCCGCCGUGGUGUGGAGCGUGCUGUCGACCGCAUCACGCAUCCAUUCCACCACCACCAUCAUCACCACGAUCGUGAGGAAGUAGUCAUCGCUGACGAACGUGGCCCAGUUCGUUACCGUGAUGGCGUCCGCGAGGAUGUUCGCAUCGUCGAGCCCCGCGCAAGCAAGACCACUGCAGAAUCCGUCCCCAUCCCCUGCCACUUCAUCCGCAUCGGCGACAUCCUGAUUCUCCAGGGUCGCCCCUGCCAGGUGAUCCGGAUCUCCGUCUCCCCUCAGACCGGCCAGCACCGCUACUUGGGUGUCGACCUCUUCACCCGUCAGCUGCAGGAGGAGUCCAGCUUCGUCUCCAACCCCUCCCCCUCGGUUGUCGUUCAGACCAUGCUCGGUCCCGUCUACAAGACCUACCGCAUUCUGGACCUCCACGAGGAUGGCACCAUCACCGCCAUGACCGAGACCGGUGAUGUCAAGCAGGCCCUCCCCGUCGUCACCCAGGGUCAGCUUUUCCGCAAGAUUCGCGAUGCUUUCUCUGAGGGCCGCGGUAGCGUCCGUGCUCUUGUCAUCAACGAUGGGGGGCGUGAGCUCGUCGUUGACUACAAGGUCAUCCACGGUUCCCGUCUGUAA